AAUGGCGGACACAUGGCUGAUAAUUUUGCUCUGCUAUUUGGCUUUCAUUGUCAUUUUUAUGGCCAUCCCAGCGUCUUUGGGAUUUUCUUUUGGAAUUAGAAAUUUAUAUUUAGGCACUCUGCUCAAAAUUUUUGAGAUUGGUAGGAGAACUAUUCAGUCAAAGCAUGGAAUAAAAUCAAAUGUUAUUGAAAAAACACCAGCAAAACCCACAAAAGCUAACUUACCCAGAAACCGUUCAUUUGGCACCUUUCAAAGAGAAUUCCAUAUGGGUGAUGCAAUAGAGUUUUGUGUUAAUGGAGUUGAGGCCAUUAUAGAUGAUGAAGUAACGAAGCGAUUUUCUGCAGAAGAGUUGGAAUCUUGGAAUCUCCUCACCAGGACAAAUGAGAAUUAUCACUAUAUUAGUGUCAAGUUAACCAUCAUGUGGGUGCUGGGCUGUUUUGUGAGAUAUGUUAUCUUAUUUCCCAUGCGAUUCACGUUAUUUCUUCUUGGUAUGGCUUUGCUGAUUUCAUCAAGAAUCUUUAUUGUUCAGCUCCCAAAAUCCAGUUUCAGAAACUGGCUGGACACGAAAUGCAUGCUGGUUGCAUUUAGAAUUUUUGCAAGGUCUGUUUCGGCUGUGAUCACAUUUCACAACAAAGAGAACAUCGCCCAUGGAGGUGGAAUAUGUGUGGCAAACCACACCACUCCCCUCGAUGUGCUUAUAUUAAUGUGUGACCGGUGCUACUCUCUGGUUGGUCAGAGACAGCCUGGGUUGUUUGGUUUCUUCGAGAGAACUCUUGCUAAAACUCAAGAUCACAUUUGGUUUGAAAGAACGGAAAUGAAGGACAGAUUGAUUGUAACAAAAAGAUUGAGAGAACAUGUUCAAGAUGCAACUAAAAACCCAAUGUUGAUAUUUCCUGAAGGAACAUGCAUCAACAACACAUCCGUGAUGAUGUUUAAGAAGGGCAGCUUUGAGAUUGGUGGAGAUAUUUAUCCUGUAGCAAUAAAGUACGAUCCUACUUUUGGAAAUGCAUUCUGGAAUUCCAGUUCUGAAGGUUUCGCUAUGUACCUAUUUCUUCUGCUGACAAACUGGGCACUAGUCUGUGAUGUGUGGUAUCUUCCGAAAAUGACUCGUCAGGAGGACGAGAGCGCUGCACAAUUUGCAAAUCGCGUCAAGACAGAGAUUGCUCGUCAGGGAGGGCUGGUUGACCUUAUCUGGGACGGACAACUGAAACGAACGUCUGUGAAGCCAGAAUUCCGCCAACAGAGACAAGAAGACUACGCCAGCACAUUGAAGAUUGAUUAGAGAUGCCAGAGGUUUACUUAAUAAAGGAAGAAUGUAGCAUAGAUAUGCAAGGUGCACGGAACAUCCAAAAAUCCCUCCAUUCUGUUUAUCUUUGUGAAUUGUCUUCCAGAAAACUUGCGUCACUCUCUUAACCAAUCAGAUUCAAAACUAAAACCAAUCGCGACUUGGUCACCCGCGUUUUCCCGCGCUUUGGACAGUUCACUUGUUUUUUUCUUUGACAUGUGAUUGGCUUGUUGUAAUCUUUUCCUUUCAUCUGAUUGGCUGUUGUGAUUACUUUGGUUUUGGUUUGCAACACCCAAUCGAAAUACACUCUAUGAAGUUGAUUAAUGAAUAAUUGUUAUUUUUUUAAUGCAGUCAGAUGGUCGUAUCAGAAAGGAUUUAUUUGGGUAGCGUUAGGGAUAGUCACAUAAACAUUUGUUAAUAGUUUUGUUAGGUAGAAUUAUUGCGUAGGAGAGCAUAUGUAUUUAACAUGUUUGAUAUUUUUGCUGGUACUUACUCAACAAUAUUUUGAUACAGUUUGAUACUUCGUAAGUAUAGGUAAUCACAUGAGGCCAAGUACUAUUAAGGAUUAAUUGCACGAGAGUUUUCAAAAUUUUCCAAAAUUGCCCGAGUCGCGAAGCGACGAGGGCAAUUUGGAAAAUUUUGAAAACUCAAGUGCAAUUAAUCCUUAAUAGUACGAGGUCUCAUGGGAUUACUUGUUUAUCAAUAAAGGGCAAAAUUUAUACGAAGGAAAAUCACGC